GGAGAUUGGUUUUAUGAUGAUGUGACACCUCGUGGACUCUCUUUUGAUGCUUUUCUUCCUCAAGCAUGCAAGACACCUUGGGGAAAUUCUCUGGAUUUUGAGCUUAUUCAUACUCCUGCGACAAUGGCAAAUUUUCAGAGUGAAUACUGGUACAAGAAGCAUCCACACUUAGGAGAUAUUUUGCUGACUGUUGCGCCACUCCAAGACGACCAACAAACGUUAUUGGGCGAAUACAAAGCAAUUAUUGGCAAGAUUUUACGUGAACCCCAUGAUAUAGUUGGUUGUACUAAAACAACACUGUACUAUCUAGCAGAGGACGUUGCAUUCUAUCAAAGGAUGUUGAUCGAUACGGGAAAACGAUGUUGGACAGCCAUCAAGCAUUCGAUGGAAAGGAGUAUGAUGUAAAAAAGGAGAUUUAUCGAUUGAAUGAUCGCGUCAUCGUAGGAUUUUCGAUGGUUUUUGGUAUCACCACAAAUGGCUCCUUUAAGAUUGUUGAUGAUUUGUGUGAAAGGAAGGUGAUAUGCUCUAGUGCAAAAGAUAACCUUGCAAGUGCUUUAGCAAUUUCACUAAAAUUUAAGCUUUAUAAUGACCUUUUAGCGGAAAAACAGGACGAGGCAGAAACCGUUUACUUCUCAAACAAAGAAACAGUUCAAACCAGUGGUGUUUACAAAUAUACGUUAUACAACCAAGCUGUUUUGCUUGAUAGUAACGUUUCUGGCAAGUAUUUCCAAGGCGAUGCUUCAAUGGAGAUGUCUUUGCAUUCGAAGAUAAUAAAACUGAACUCUAAUUUAAAGAAUGUUUCUGUUAAUGCAGAAGCAAUAACUGAAAAAGAACAUUUAGCAACAUUCCAAAUUGCUUCAAGAGAAAAACUUCAAGAAUAUGAUUCUCCGAACCAUUUACCAAAACAUAUGCACAACAAAGACUGUGAAUUCCUGACCGUUUCGAUAAAAUCGCAUGCAAAUCAAUUAAACAUCACCGACAAAAAUGAUAUAGCCUACACUGUCGACAAAAAUAAUCCUAAAAAUACCAACGUGAAUCAAUCUCUUUACAUAAAAGAUAAGUCAGGCGUUGAUAAGAGUUUAAAGGAAUCAAAAGCAGAUGUCGAAAAUAUUAUCUCUGUGACAGAUUCUAUUCUGCAUAACUACAUGAAAGGUGAUUUAGAAACAGCUUAUCAACUCAUUGAAGAUUCUCGGGAGCUUUUGUUUACGUCAUUUUCAUUUGAUGAUCAAAUUCAGUUUUUACUGAAUAGAGCGGAAAAUGCAAAAACAAAUAAAGACAUUUCUGCUCUAAUCGGCUCAGUAGAUCUUGCCUCAAAAUCCUUCAAUACGGGAAAUUCUAAGCCUGAGGCCAAAUUUUUUAAGCUAAAUGGAGAAUGUCAACUGUACAUGAAAAAUUAUAGAACGGCAGAGAUCAGUUUUAAUCAAGCAGUUGGUUUUCAUCGUUCAGCCACAACAGGGUUGGGCUUUCAUCAUUAUUUCGAAUACGCAGAGACACUGAUUGGCUUAGUCAAAAGUCGUCUGGUUUUCAAUAAAUUGGAGGAAGCUUUGUGCACAUGCGAGGAAGGUAUAGCAAUAAUAUCUUCCAUUGAAACUCAAUUGAUGACAUCUAGAUUGCUUGUACAGUUAUUCUAUCUUGCUGCGAAAUGUAAGUUUCAAAUAAGUAAAAACUUAACUCUCGAAGAUAAUCUCAAACAAGUCAUGAUAUUUUGCCAACAUGCAUUAGAAACGAGUGAAUUUGUGGACCGCUUGACUGGUACAAAUGAUCUUACGGAGGAGCUUGCCAUUGGAAACGGAGAGUUUUUUGCUUUAAAAUGUGAAAUCAGGCUUCUAAUGGCAUCGACACUUUUGCGACAAAAAAAAUUAGAAGAGGCGCAAAAAAUUGCAAAAGAUUUGAACGAAUUUUUGCAAAACCUUUUUGUUGUUUUUGAAAUGUUCUCGAAAGACACGUGGCCGUCUGGAAAAAAUGAUUUUAUAACAAUACAAUGUUCUUUGUUUUCCUUAAAUGGAAGGGCUUUGGUGAUCUCCAAUGAAACAGAGGAUGCAUUGAUCAAUCUUAAGAAGUCCUUGGCAAUCGUUUUUACUUUACCCUCUGUGCAAGCAGUUGUAACUGUGGAAGAAAUCAUCACAUUGAUUGAUGCAAUUACUGUAAUCGCUGCAAAAACUUCAAUAAAAAAGUCAUGCAGUCCUCUUCAGGAAGCUCUUAAAAUAUGCAAGAGUAAAUUUCUUGAAGAAAAUGAAAAUUUAGAAAAACUUUGGAAAUUCUUUGAUAGUUUAGGGAAUAUCUACGUCAAUAAAAAUCGAAAUGUGGAAGCUAUUAUUGUUUACGAAGCCGGAUUAUUGCUUGCUGACUGUUUGGAAGAUGCCAGUGAAAGUCGUGGACAAACGUUACUAAAUCUUGCAAAUGCACAUCGAUUACGAGCUAUCAAUGAUGAUGUACAGCCAAACGUAUCAGAAAAACAUGGCUUGGCCGAAAAAUACUAUCAAACCCCGAAUGGCUUUGGUACUGAAAACAGCAGCGUGUUCAAACAUAUUAUGUACGCUUACUUCCUUUAUGAUGAAUGCCGAUUUAGAGAAGCUGAGAUGAUUUUAAAGCAAACUGUUGAAGAUGACAAAUUGUGGUCUAGAGAAGUUUUUUGCGAAUACUCCCAACGAAUUCUUUUUGGAUCUGAUAUUCAAUUUUAUGUGGAGUCUUUCGGAGAAUUACAUACAAACAUGGGAAACUUGGCUUACUCCUUACUGGUACGCGUGUAUGUUCAGCUUGGGAACAAAAGAGAAGCAGUUAUAUCGUUUGAUAAACUGUCUACAGAGGGCAGAGAUUUACAGACUGGUUUAGGCAUUACAACUGUAUGCCUUUCUUAUCUACUUGAAAAGAGUGAGAAAUAUUUGGUGUCUCUUAUUGAAGAACCUGGGAAGUUAUCGUUUGACGAAUCUGAUUUUCCACUAUCGACGGAAAAUUUGGCAAAAGUGUACUACGAGUUAGGUGAAUAUGCAUUCACCUUAAAUAUGUGUGUAACUGCAAGGAAGUUCACAUUUUUAUCAACAGAAUGCCAACUUUCAAUGGCACGUCUUGAAGGAAAUGCUUCGGUUAUGUUUGCUGAAAGUGACACACGUCAUCCCUAUAAAACAUUUCUUCAUUUACUGCAACAACAAGAAAAGAUUUUCAAUAAAUCGUUCGAUGAUCAACAUGCCAUUCUUUCCCAGUACUCGUUUCCUAAACCAUACUUCAUUUACUCUUCACUAGCCAGGAUGCUGGACGACAAAAAGAUAGAUAAUAAAAUAGCAUGCUAUGAGCAUUGCCUACGUAUGGAUAGAGGCUAUGACAUUGACCAGAACAUGGUAGGAACAUUAACAGAGCUUUAUCAAGCAAAGGCAUUUACAGAAGGCAAAAAUGAUAAGAUCGUCUAUCAGUCCUGGAUGGAAAAAGCUCAAACCUGUUUUCAGAAAUUGCUUGAAAGAAAAAUUAAAAUGACUCCUUUCGUAGAGAUAGUUUAUGCAUCAUUCCUCAAACGAAUAAAACGCUUCGAUGAAGCUAUUUUUCUUCUUGAGCAAAUAAUAAGUAAGGACAAAGAUGAUUGGUCUAUAACGUUCUCUGAAGUUGACGUGCCUUUGUUUGGAGUCUAUGUAGCGCAGGAAAUUAAAGCUAGAGUAAAAUUGUCUUUGCCAAAACAAAUUUUCGUUUAUUAUCAAACGGUUCUAGUUUAUUUGGAAAGCGGUAAUUUGGAAAAUGCUAAAGAAUGUGCACUUCGAAUGGAGACAUAUGUCAACAGCCUUACAUAUGAUACCAUUGUUCACUCUUUUCUUGGGUACACAUUUAAAGAGAUUGGAAAAAAACAAAAGGCACAGGAAAUACUUCAGUUAGUGCUGAACAAAGAGCCUGACAACGAGCCCGUAAAACUGGCCUUGGUAGAAUUUUGAACGCUCGAAAUAAGCGUAGUGAGUUAACGCUGUAUAGACAUGAAAUGAUUGCACAAUAUAUUCACACGAUUUUUUAUCUCAUAUAUGAUGGACUUGCAAUUCAAGACACAUUUUAGCUAUGAAUAACACUCAAAAGAUUUUCUCAAUUAUAAAAAAUAUGUAGCACCGGAACAGAACAACACAUAGAAACAGGAACUUAAAAUUUCUCAAAAGCAUCGAAUUUGCUUAUUAAACUUUGUUCAGAUAGUUAACAAUAAAAAUCGGUAACGUCGUCGUUACUGCCGUUGCGAGGAAGACUGAAGAAUUUGAGCAAUUUCAAAACUCCUCCUGUGUUGUAGAAAUUGGGCUCGAGAGGACAGGUUUAUUUUGAAAUAGAACAUUUCUAUGGUCACUGCAUGCACAAAUGCAAUUAAUGUAUUUCUAAUCACCUACUUUUCUAUUUUAUUCUUAACUUUAUCGUAUAUACUUAAUGUAAAAACCAUUCAGUAAGUAAUUCAUGCAAGUACUUAUUGUAAAAUUAUCCAGUUGAAAAAUUUUAACACUAACCAAAUCAUGAUUACUUCUGUCAUGGAAGAUAUUACAACCUUUACACAGCCCUGCAAAGGAUUGAUGACUAGCUUGUUACAAGUAAUGACUCUUUAUCAGGGGUGGAUCUAGGGUAUGUCAAAUCAUUCGCACGACUGACGUUUAUAGUUCAAAAAUUACUUAUCAAAUUUAAUGAUUACUAUGUUUUUAUGAUCAUUAAAUUCCCGAUUUAUAAUCGUUCGAA